CCAAGCCAAGACCAAGAAGGAGGCGCGCGGCGGCUUGAACAAGUGGCUGACCAGUCACCUCCCAACUGCCCACCAGUCGACGUUCCGUCUCCGCAUCACACCGCACAUGCGAGCGAAGCAAGGCACCAGACUGCCAUGGGCGUCCGUCUUAGUCGAAGAUGUCCAGGAAGCCCUCGAUAUCUAUGCACCAGGGGAGAAGGCCGUGCCGGGUGGCCCGUUUGUUGAUAUCGUACAUAUCGCCUCAACGAUUCCCGCACGAACAUGGCCAAGCAUGCCAUCUCCGUCGUGCAAGAGCUCUUUGGCGACGCACCAUUCUUUGACGAUGCUGACCUCAUUAAGAAGUACGUCAAGCACGCGUUGAAGGUGGUGGGCGAGGGGUCGAAGGCGACGUCGCCGAUGUGGUGGCAGCACUGGGGUGACGAUGGUAAACACAAGGGAUUCCUUCAAUCUGAUCUCAUCCUCGCAACAUUCUCCAUACACCUAGCGGAGACGGUGUUCGCUCUCCCUGCCGACAAUCCCGUGCCGCCGUGCUCUGAUCCACCGAUCGGUGCACUUAUACUUGCUGGGCAAGCUGUCGAGCACGCCCUCAAGACGUUCGAGACCGGUACCUACAAGUCCCCCACCUCCCACUUCUCCGCGAGCAACUACGGUGAUUACCACACCUUCGAAGAUGGGGUGCUCAAGUUGAAGCGUCGUGCUACGCGCUACGUGCGACGUCUGCAAGGCUGGUCGGACGAGACGUGGGCCGAUGUCCGUCGCCGCGCCCAGGCAUUCCUCGAUCCCACCAUCACUGAACGCCCGGCAGAAUCGGUGGUCACCCCCGAGUCGAACGUCGAUGAUGACGACGACUUCGACGGCGCCAAGGUUUACAUCGGCGCCCGCUCUGAGGCUAAGGCCAACGGCGCCAUCGAAAUGCUGUUGAAGACAAACCCUUCGCUCAAGCCUGAGCAGCUGGCCUCUUUUGUCGCAGAUCUGAGCGACCUGAAGCAGGUCGAGCAUGCGGCCGAUGCGCUUCUUGAGAAGGAGAGUCGGUUGGAUAUACUGGUCAACAACGCUGCUUUACUCGCACGUCCACUGGACAAGAACGAGUACGGCUUGUCCGUGUCGAUGACGACCAACCACCUCGCCCCCUUCCUCCUCACUACUAAACUUCUGCCGCUGCUCGAGAAGGCGUCCCAGCAAGGGUCCAACGCCCCUCGUGUCGUAUUCAUAUCCGCAGUGUCGAUCAAGUGGCUUCCGCCUACAGUGCGCUUCCGCUCUAUGGAUGACCUGAAUGCGGAUAUGGGUGGCCCCGAUGGCUUCUUUGCCAACUUCCAGCGCUAUUCCCUCAGCAAGCUAGCCAACGCCCUGACCGCCAAAGAGCUCCAGCGCCGCGCGCCCUACCUCGUCUCUCUCGCUGUGCACCCAGGCGAAAUCGUUACGGACGGCACGCGCCCGAUGCUCGAGGCAUCCGGUGGUGCUCCUGCGCAAGUCCUGUCCGUCGAGGACGGUGCGCUGGCCCCGUUGUGGGCUGCAGUGGCACCAGAAGCGGGCAAGCUCAAGGGUGCCUUUAUUAUGCCUUUCAAGGAAAUUGCGCCUGAAGAGGGCCUGCUGAAGAACGAGGAACUAGCGAAGGAGUUGUGGGAGACGAGCGAGGCGGUGAUCAAGGAUGUGCUGGCGAAGGCGUCCAGUCAAUAG